AUGUCGGAGUUACUUUCGGUAAACAAACCUCAGGAAAUGACCGCCUCUGUAGUAAACGAGGAAAUCGACGAUAGUUGGUUUAAAACCGCAGACAACCUUCUGAUCGAAGACGAUGUCACAUUGGAUUAUAAACUUACUUCGGCUGAGGAUGUUGAGUUCUUUAAUCUGUUAGAAGCAGAUUCGCUAAAAUAUACUGAAAAGAUAAGUGGGCAGCAAGAAGAAGAAAAGCAGCAACCACAACAGGGUAACGAAACAUUUUUGCGUGAUUUUAAAGGUGAUGUAUCUGAGCAAGUAGAAGAAACUAAAAUGUUACAAGAACAAAUCGAUACGGAGACAAAACUUUCAGAAGUGCCUGUAUAUAAGUUUGACAAGAAUGAUACAGGGCUCUUACCAGAGGAAAUUGAAACACAUACGGUUGACGAGAAUGAUACAGGUCUCUUAUCGGAGGAAAUCGAAACGCAUACGGUUGACGAGAAUGAUACAGGGCCCUUACCAGAGGAAAUCGAAACACAUACUGUUGAUGAGAAUGAUACGGUUAAUGAAUCUUUCAAUGACGAUGUGAUCGUUCUUGAAGAUGAUGAAUUAAUUGAUAAUGAUAACAUCGAUGACGGU